CAUCAGUGAUACCUUAUCAGUGCGUCGACUACAGCGAUGACAGAAUUCUCGUUAGAUAUUCCAAUUUCGUCGGCGAUCAAGGCCCAGAGGAUCGUGUCAAUCGAUUAAAUCAAUGACAUUUACCCAACAAUAAAUAGUCCGUCGCUUAUACCUUCGAGAUUUCAUCAUCGAGUUUUCAAAAAAAAUCCAAAUAUUUCUUUGAGACCAGGACAUUUUUUCACAAUUUUUUCACAAAAGAAUUUUCAUCGCUUUCAAAAUUCUGGAGACUCGUUCGGUGAGUGAAUGAGGUGAAAAUGAUGUGUAAUAUUUUUUUAAAGCUCGUGGGUCUCAUAGUAUUGGGGAAAUUGUCCGGCUCCAAUGGGCUCUGGUGCUACCAGUGCAAUGCUGACUUGUCAAUGGGUCUCAAGGAGGAGUGUAAUGAUCCGUAUGCGCCAGGACCUGCCAUCGAUCUUGUUGAAUGUCCUCAAAACGAGCCACAUUACUGCCUCAAGGCGACUAUUAACUAUAAAAAUGUCCACGCUACGGUGAGGGGUUGCGUGCCGUCGCAGAGGCAAAGUACUUACUGUUCACCCUAUGAUGAAUUUCCAGACGCACAUGUCACGUGCAAAUUUUGCAACGAGUACGCCUGCAAUGGCGCGUGGACUCUGACGAUACGAGAAAAUUCGAUUAUGUUUAUUAUUAUUUUUGUUAUUAAUUAUGUGCUGGGAUAGACUUAUAAGGGAGAAAAAAAUCAAGAAAAAUCACUUCACGAGUUUCGUUAAAAUGACAGAACGUUUAGGAAUUUUUUCUUUUGUCAUAUUAUUUAUUAAAAAUAAAUAAUCUGAUAAUUUCAAUAAUUAUUUAGUGAUAAAAAUGAGUGGGAUAAUUUUGUUUUGUUGAAAGGACAUUCGAUAAAAUUAACAAAUCAUUAAAGGAAAAUUAAGGGACAAUUGCACACAGACAAUUGCACUAUCUGUGUGCAAUGGCACUAUCUGUGUUCCAAAUAAAGAUUAAUAAAUAUUUAUUCGGGAUCCUUUAAUGUUGGAUGCCUCUACUUAAUUUGCCCAAAGGGUCAGGGGAGCAUUUGACCCCGAGGAGAAGACAUCACCAAAUUGACUCCGACUAUUUAACCCUCCCUCCCCCUCCUACCUCGGUGCUAUGCGGAUGCACAAGAGGGGGAUCAUCAGGCUCUUUCAGUUGCAAGAGUAUGUGCUCAAUCUUCAACUCCCGCUGAGUCACAUGCCAUUUCCUGCCAACACCCUCAUUCUGACCAACAUGACAUAGUUGAUGUUUAAAUUCGUCAUCAAUGAUUUAUCAAUGACAUUGAAGGGGUCGUCAUCAAUUGUGAGUCCGUAACAUAUGAAUCAGAACCGUAAACGAGUCUCGAUUAUUGUGUCAAGAAUUGAAAAUAUUGUCAUUCUUUCGUAGAAAAUUUCUAGUUCAUUAUAGUGGACAGAAAAAAAUGUUGAAGUUGGAAAAUUUGUAGAUAAAAUUUAUCGCCUUAUCUGGCUUAUAUUAAAUUAUUUUUAUUUAUGUAAUUAAUUAUUGAUUAAUAUAUUUAAUUAUUGAAGGUUAUAAUUAAAAUGUUGCCAUCUUCCCUGGAUUUAGUGGUUCCCAGCAAAAACAGAGUUUGGAUUUUUUUUAAUUUGUGAAAAUCCAAAAAAAAUAUUUUUUCGGGAGUUUUUAUCCCAGCACAUUGACUAUUGACAAAUAACGAUUAUUUAUGAGGAAUUGGUCGUGGGUUUAUUGAUACAAAAUUUAUCAAAUUAAUUUUACCUCGAGGUCCCUGCCACUUAGUCGAAAAUAAUCAGUCGUAUUAGCCUUAACUCGACGUAAUUAGACCACUAAUUUCAAUUUAUUUCUUUGGACUUUUCCGGCAGCCAAGUUUCAUCUCAUCAUAUUCAACUUACAUUAUCAAUUAAUGUUGACAUUCAAUCUUCAGGUGAUGUAAUAUAUUAAUAAAAACCCACAGAUCAUUA